AUGGCGCGCCACAAAGCAACCCUCAUCCUGAUGACAGGGAGUCUACUCUUAGGACUAGCGCUCGCUAUAGGCCAUCACUUAUUUUACGAUUAUUUGAACGAUCGAAUAGUCCAAAGCCAAAAUCAGCAAGAAUGGUUUUUACGUAUCGGUACUGGAAUGGCCUUUCUUGUCAGAACAUUAUUGUCAGCCGCAAUAGGCAUUGCAUACAUACAGAUUCUUUGGCGGACGUUGCGAUCCAAGUCUGUUACUAUCAACGGUAUUAAUUCACUAUUUGGAGUUUCGCAUAAUGCUUGGGAUUUGACCACUUUGGAGUUAUGGACUGCUGCGCCGGCUCUUACGAUUGUGGCUCUGAUAGCUUGGGCUCUUCCAUUAAUUGCAGUUAUCGCACCAGCCACCUUGAGCAUAGAGAUAUCAUCAGAGCCAAAUAUCACAGUGGUUAACAGGCUUAUUCCGAAUAUCGACUACGAUCGAAGUCUUUGGUUUGGUUCAUGGCUUGAGGAUAGAACUAUCUCUCACACGCCCCAUAUUUCCAGGCUACUCUUACCAGUCGCAACACUAGGGUUUAUCCUAAACAUAGCCGCUCCGUUUCCCAACUCUUCAUACUCAGUUGACUUUUACGGUCCUUCAAUCUCAUGCGAAACUCCCAAGAACCGCACAUUUACAGACAGCAUAAACAAGAUCAUAGCGGAUUAUUCCAAAUUCGAUGGGAACGUGACAUACGCCGGUUUUGUCCCGUCUUUUCCCUAUCCCUAUGCUACUUCUCAUAACCCUACCAAUAUCAGAACGCGGGAAGAACAUGCUAUCGAAGGGCUGUACAGAGUGUUGAAUGGGUCCCUAGUUGAUUCAGCACCAACUCUUGAUACGACUGCUUAUUACCCGGAUCGAAAAUCGGGCGAGACAAUGCCCGCUGCAUUCUAUGUUCUCACACCGAACAAAGUGGGUGGGCAAGCCUCGAACGCGGUGAAAUGUGAGCUUUACAAUUCGUCAUACUCGAUCAACUUUACAUUCGACAACGGUUUACAAGACAUCAAAUACAAAAUAGAAAAACAGAACGGAGUGUCAAUUUUGGAUGCUGGAGAAUGUCGUUUCAAGAAGCAAUUGCCCAGCUGUAAUCCUGUCACAGCUUACCUCUCGUUGAUGAAUGCUAUAGGAGCAAUGCUUGUAGGUGCAACAUGGAACAUUGGCAAUAACGUUUCUGCAGCACAGCGCACAACAAUAGGGAUUACUACCCUCAUCGAGUCUCCGGAUAUGCAUUCUUUCCAUUAUGAGAAACCGAAGUCUACGAUAAAGUACAUGCCUAUGGGUGAAACGCUAGAGGAGCUUUUUACAAACGUCACAAUAAGUCUCUUCAGCAACUCUGAAUUUCUGCAAAACAAUACUGCAGCAUCUUACGGUCCUAUUACACGCUUCUCAGCACAGAACGCCUUUUCAUAUGAUCCUCGAAAUCUGUUCAUCGCAUACGGAAUAGGCAUACUAUUUUCGUUCAUCGUCGUCAUCUAUGGACUCUUGUGCAUCAAAGCUGCGUCGGCAUCGUAUAAAGACUCUUUUUCGACAAUUUUACGAACAACGAGGAAUCAUGAUCUUGACACUGUUGUCCCCACUGCUGAAACCUCAGGGGCGGAGCCUUUGUCGAAGAAUCUUGGCAAUGUUCGGCUGAUAUUGAGACGGCAAGGAACGGGUUUGGAGGGAGAUGGUGAUAAAGCUACGUUCUUCGGUGUCGAUUCAAAACCUGAUGAUGAGAAGAAGACACGGGAAGUAGCUCCGACUGAGUCUUUGUUGAAGCGGACCGGACAAAGCCAGCAUUCAGAUACGGAUGAGGUACCGACUGUGCAAGAGCGUUCGGAUAUCAAUCUCCGUCAAAAUAAGGACAAUAAUGCAGAUGUCGCCUAUGUUAACUAG